CUAGGAUGAUGGUGGGUGGGCGGAGCACCGAGCAGCGCAAAUAAACCCACUCUGAAAUCACCAGGGUCGUGGACCAAAAUUGCGAAAACUGCCGAAUAUACUUUUUAUAUUUGUUCACAUCAUCAUCAUCAUAAAGAGGGAGGAUAGCCCAGGAUGAAUGGUGACUCAGGUGCCGGGGUGGUGACGGCCCCCCCUCCCACCACAGCCCCGCACAAAGAGGGGUACUUUGACCGGGUGGAUGUAAGCGACCCGCUCUACCAGAGGGAGAGAAACCUGGCGCCUGACCUGCGGCAGGACUUCAACAUGAUGGAGCAGAAGAAGAGGGUCUCCAUGAUACUGCACAGCCCUGCGUUCUGCGAGGAACUGGAGACGAUGAUCCAGGACCAGCUGAAGAAAGGGAAAACGCCCACGAGCCUGUUGGCUCUGCAGCAGAUUGCUGACUUCAUGACCACCAGCACGCCUUCCAUGUAUCCCGCUACACCACAAGGAGGCAUGGCAGCGCUCAACAUGAGUUUGGGCAUGGUGACUCCAGUCAAUGACCUGCGUGGCUCAGAUUCUACUUCCUAUGAUAAGGGCGAGAAGCUACUUCGCUGCAAACUGGCUGCUUUCUACAGGCUCACAGACUUAUUUGGCUGGUCUCAGCUCAUUUACAACCACAUCACAGUCAGGGUGAGCUCAGACAAGGAGCACUUCAUGAUUGUCCCUUUUGGGUUUCUGUACAGUGAGGUCACUGCAUCCAGCCUGGUGAAGAUAAACUUACAAGGUGAGAUUGUGGACCGGGGCAGCACCAACCUUGGGGUCAAUAAGGCUGGCUUCAAUCUCCACUCUGCCAUCUACGCUGCCCGGCCCGAUGUCAAGUGCAUCGUACAUUUCCACACAGCAGCAGGUGCUGCGGUGUCAUCCAUGAAGUGUGGCCUGUUGCCCAUCUCGCCUGAGGCACUGGCACUGGGUGAGGUGUCCUACCAUGACUACUAUGGUAUUCUGGUGGAUGAUGAAGAAAAAGUUCUUAUACAGAGGAAUCUGGGGCCAAACAGCAAGGUUCUAAUCCUGAGAAAUCAUGGAUUGGUGUCUAUGGGUGAAACAGUGGAGGAAGCUUUUUAUUACAUCCAUAACUUAGUCACUGCCUGUGAGAUCCAGGUGCGAACGCUGGCCAGCGCUGGAGGGCCAGAUAAUCUGGUUAUGCUCAACCCGGCAAAAUAUAAGGCACGUCCACGAGUCCCUGAGCCAGCCGGUGAUGGGUCCACUACACACCCCAAGUGGCAAGUCGGGGAGCAGGAGUUUGAGGCUUUCAUGAGAAUGCUGGAUAACCUGGGCUAUAGGACAGGCUAUCCUUACCGCUGCCCGGCAUUACGAGACAAAUCUAAAAAGUUCAGUGACGUGGAGAUCCCUCCCUCCUCCCACGGUGGUUACUCAUACGGGGAGGACAGUGACUCAGGUGCACGCUCCCCACUGAAACACAGCUUCCAGUGUGGCCAGCGUGACAAGACCCGCUGGAUCAAUGCCAGCGGUCGGCCCGAUGAGCCCUAUGAGGACGGGCCCGAAGGCGGCAGCCCCAAGUCCAAGCCUAAGGUGUGGACGAACAUAACACAUGAUCACGUCAAACCCUUGCUGCAGUCUCUCUCGUCCGGUGUCUGCGUGCCAAGCUGUAUAACCAACUGCUUGUGGACAAAAGACGAUGGACUUCGCCAGGCUGCUGUAGCUAAUCAGUUCAUCCCGUUGAACACCAACCCAAAAGAGGUCCUGGAAAUGAGAAAUAAGAUUCGGGAGCAGAACCUGCAGGACAUAAAGACAGCAGGGCCACAGUCUCAGGUUCUGUGUGCUGGCACUGUGGUAGAACGCUCCUAUAGCCAGGACGCCCCUCUGUCAGACUGUACAGACACUAUUGAUGGCCUCGAUGUGUCCGAGGGGUCCUAUAGUCCUGCUAAAUCAAUUAGAAAGGGGGAACUAGUGACAGCAUCCAAGGCCAUCAUUGAAAAAGAGUACCAGCCCAAAGUUAUUGUCAGCAAGCAGGGUCCCAACCCCUUCACCAAAUUCACUGACCAGGAGCUGGAGGAGUACCGCCGAGAGGUUUCGCUCAAACAGAGAGGGCUUGAAGAUCAAGAUCAGUUAGAAGGUCCGGAGGAAGCUAAGGAUCCGAGACCCACAAGUACACCACCCAGCACUCCUGUCAGAGCAGAGGAAGAGUCCUUACCGGAGCAAACCUGUAAGGACGAGAGUGAUGCCGCCACCCUGAGACAGACCCUCCCCGACUUGUCGCCUGAUGACCCCUCCGACGUGCCGCCACUUCCUGCCGAAGACCCAGCCCCUGCUGCCCCAGAUGCUGCCGAGGGGGAGGAGCCCGGCGAUGCCGGUGACCAGGAAGGAGAUGAGUCUCCCAGCAAGUCCCCCUCCAAAAAGAAAAAGAAGUUCCGCACGCCUUCCUUCUUAAAGAAAAACAAAAAAAAGACAGAGUCUUAGAUUGGAGAACGUUGGAUUGGUCCUUGAAGCGGGCCUGUGUUUUAUUUAGCUUUU